GAUUAUGAGAAUCAUCGUCACCACCCACUCAUCAGCUCGAAAUAAAAAUAUAAAUAAAUAAACAAAAUUCAAAAAUUUUAAAAUGAGAAAAAUAAAUAAAGAAGAAGAAGAAAAAAGGAAAAAAUCCCUUCGAAUUCUCUAUAAAACCCAAAAUCUUCUCACCAUUCCUUCAAAUUCCCACUAGCCAUGGCUGACUUAGGGCUUCUCCUCUCUCCAUCUCCCAAAACCCUACAAAUCAACGGCUACAGACAGAGUGAUUUGAAACUCGGGUUCCGCUCUCUCUCUUCGGCUCCCUCCCAAACCCUAGAAUUCAGGGGCUCUUGCAGGCAGAAGAGCAGGGGGUCACGUUCAAGGAAGGUUUUCGCGGCGAAUUCGGAGGCGGUGUUGGAGAAACCGGUGGAGAGAGAUGGGAACUUCGAGAGCUACGAUGCGAUUGUUAUUGGAUCCGGGAUUGGAGGGCUGGUUGCGGCCACACAGCUGGCGGUUAAAGGAGCGAGGGUUCUGGUGCUGGAGAAGUAUGUGAUUCCAGGUGGGAGCUCAGGUUAUUUCCAGAGGGAUGGGUAUAUGUUCGAUGUCGGAUCAUCGGUCAUGUUUGGAUUCAGCGAUAAGGGCAACCUAAAUUUGAUUACCCAAGCAUUGGCAGCAGUUGGGUGUGAGAUGCAGGUGAUACCUGAUCCAACCACCGUUCAUUUCCACCUACCAAAUGACCUCUCUGUUCGGGUACACAGAGAGUAUGGUGAUUUUAUCAAAGAACUCACCAGUAAAUUCCCACAUGAAAAGGAAGGGAUUCAAAAAUUUUACAGUGAUUGUUGGAAGAUAUUCAAUGCACUGAAUUCAUUGGAGCUGAAGUCACUUGAGGAGCCAAUUUAUCUUUUUGGACAAUUCUUUAAGAAGCCCUUGGAAUGCUUGACGCUUGCAUAUUAUUUGCCUCAGAAUGCAGGAGACAUAGCACGAAAGUACAUUCGAGAUCCCCAAUUGUUGGCCUUCAUAGAUGCAGAGUGUUUCAUAGUGAGCACAGUUAAUGCUUUGCAGACACCAGUGAUCAAUGCAAGCAUGGUUGUAUGCGACAGGCAUUUUGGAGGGAUAAACUACCCAGUUGGUGGUGUUGGUGGAAUUGCGAAGGCGUUAGCGAAAGGCUUGGUAGAUAAGGGUAGUAAAAUACUCUAUAAAGCUAAUGUGACUAAUAUUAUACUCGAGCAUGGAAAGGCUGUGGGAGUGAGGCUUUCAGAUGGAAGGAAGUUUUUCUCCAAAACCGUAAUAUCAAAUGCAACUAGAUGGGAUACCUUUGGAAAGCUUUUAAAAGCAGAGAAUAUUCCAAAAGAGGAGGAGAAUUUCCAAAAAAUAUAUGUUAAGGCGCCAUCGUUUCUUUCCAUUCACAUGGGGGUUAAAGCAGAUGUUCUGCCACCAGACACAGAUUGCCACCAUUUCGUUCUUGAGGACGAGUGGGCCAGGUUAGAGAAACCAUAUGGUAGUAUUUUUUUGAGUAUUCCAACUGUUCUUGAUCCAUCAUUGGCCCCAAAAGGACACCAUAUUCUUCACAUAUUUACAGUCGCCACAAUAGAUGACUGGAAGGGUCUCCCAACAAAAGACUAUGAAGCACAGAAGGAGCUAAUUGCAGAUGAGAUCAUAGGCAGACUGGAAAAGAAACUCUUUCCGGGGCUCAAAAAUUCCAUAGUUUUGAAAGAGGUAGGCACACCCAAGACACACAGGCGGUACCUAGCCCGCGAUAGCGGUACCUAUGGACCGAUGCCACGCGGAGUUCCUAAAGGGCUAUUGGGGAUGCCUUUUAAUACAAUAGCUAUAGAUGGGCUUUAUUGUGUGGGGGAUAGCUGUUUCCCACGCCAAGGUGUUAUAGCUGUAGCAUUUUCAGGAAUUAUGUGUGCACAUCGAGUGGCUGCUGAUAUUGGGCUCGUAGCAAAAGCCCCAGUAUUGGAUUCUGCCCAUCUUCGACUGCUUCGCUGGUUAAGGACAAUUGCAUGAAAAACAUAGGUUUUAUGUAUGGCAUAGACAGAAAUUGUAAAUAACACCAGCGGCCGUUGGCUUGCCUCCCGAAAGAAAGUUUAAUGAAAUAGCCUACAUCAAUGAAGGUUUAAUGAAAUAGCCUUAAAUCUGAA